AUGGGUGGGAUUGGCAAAACUACUCUCGUCAAGGAUGUUUUUAUUAAGCUUAGUGAUCAGUUUGAUUGUCGUGGCUUCCUUGCUGAUGUUCGAGAAUCAAGCUGGCAGCAUAAGGGUAUUGAACAUUUGCAGAAACAGUUGUUGGGCAGUCUUGGUCUCGGAUCAGGGGAAAUCACGGAUGUGGAUGAUGGGAUCAUGAGGAUGAGAGAAACUCCACCACGGAAGAAAGUUUUAAUUGUUCUUGAUGAUGUAGAUCACAGGAAGCAGAUCCAGAAUCUAGCAGGGGAUGCUAUGGAGGAAAUGAAAACUGAAGAAGCUCUUCGACUUUUCAGCAGGCAUGCCUUUUAUAAGGACUCCCCUCCUUAUGACUACCUCAGUCUCUCAGAGGAGGCUGUUGCAAGCACGCAGCAACUUCCUUUGGCUUUGGAAGUCAUAGGUUCGCUUCUUUGGGAGAAGAGCCGUAAAGAUUGGAUUGACAUAAUCAAAAGGUUGAAGAAACUGCGGGACCUUGGAAGGAAGGUCAUCACUGAUGAGAAUUUCCAGGACGUUAUGAGUGCAGCAGACUGUGGAUGCCCGAGGAUGCUUCAGAAGUGCUCCAGCAAGAUGAGGACAAAGAAAAAAUCGAGAUCCUGUGUAUUUGCUCAGGCUAUCGCGGCAACUGCUGAUCGCUUCUGGCUGCCUUACCCUUGCACCCGAAUUCCAAGUCCGGUGGUAUUCGCUACGAUGUUUCAGAAGAUGGACAUGAACCUGCGGACGGAUACACCUUCACGCAGAAAGAACUUUCAAACGGGGAACAAAUUGAAAGCUCUCGACCUUACAGGAUGCAAGAACUUGAGAAAAACACCCAAGUUCUCUAGGUACCGCGGUCUAGAGAGGUUGAUUCUUGCAAAAUGCACGAACUUGGUUGAAAUAGAUCCAUCAAUCGAAACCAGCAAGAUACCGAAGUCCAUUGGUAUGCUUGUGAGACUUCGGUGCCUAUCAUUGAUCGGCUGUUCUGGAAGGAAGAGACUUCCAGAAUCACUUGCUGAUAUGAAAUCAUUGAUCAAGUUCGAUCUUUUAUCGUUAGACAUUGUCGAAUUACCCCGAACAAUUGGAGGACUAGCGAAACUUGCGUACCCGUCUUUAGAGGGCUGUCGAGAGCUGAAGAAGCUUCCAUAA